AUGAAAUUCAUGCUAACAAGAGUCGAACAUACACAGCCGAAAUAUGGCAUACAAGUCAUCCCGACCCCUCCUCCUGAGUCCGGAGCUUUUAGAGUGUGUUACCGGUGGUUCAUCGGUCAAAGAACAUAUGACGAAAAGCAAAAUGUACCGAAACGCGCGGGGAAGGCGUCGGACGUAGGCCAAGACCCCAGAGCCCCGAGCUUGGCGGACCGACCACGAACCGUGGAUUUCAGGUGGCAGUCAAGCAGCUACCAUUGGAUUCUUCCAAGUCAACCUGUCAUAUAUGCCGGGCGUAUCAAGAUCGGUAUUCAACCGGAUUCACCGAGCCCCGAAGUUACAGUCUCGGUCUAUGUUAGACAUCAGUGGCUGAUGCGGGGUCCCAUGGGCCCAAAUUCAGGACCACCACACAAAGAAGAAAGGGAGUCCAGCCCAAUUGAUGACAUCACGGAACCAUCAUGGGGGAUUGCUAACGCUGCUCCCUUGGUAUAUAUAUUCGUGUCCUCAAGCCAGACUCUCACAGCUCAGUACCGCAGGGACACUGCCAUCACGGUCUGCAAAUCUGACGCGCACUUUAUCUGA